UAUCACUGUAUCCCUAAAGAGUAGAAGCUUAAUUUAGCAAAAAUGAUUUAUCCUUUAAAAAAACAGUGAAAGAUGUACAGACAGACAUCGAAAUGUAGAAGUUCAAUUGCUAUCAUCAUCAUCAUCAAUACCCUCAUUUAAAUGAAUUGACUAAACUUAUCAUUAGUGAUGUUAAGAAAGCUUUGUCUUUGGCUUUAAUGGAGGACUUUGUCUUUUGUUAAUGAAGAUUGAAAUGAGAUAAGGAAGACAGUAAAUGGGGAGGAACUAUGGUGGUUUUGGCGCUUACUGAUGAAGUAAUCUUGCCACUUAGUAUUUUAUUGAGUUCAAAGAAUGUGCUCAAGUUUGCAGGAGAUGAGUUGGAUAAUGCUUUGAUCAUGACUUUGGCUUCAAAUUCGAGUACACUGCCUUUGGACCCGUCAUCCUUGGAUAUUGUAAUUGGUGUCUCUAAAGCACGUGACUUUCCUUCUGCACCACUUCUAGCUGAAAUGUUUAGAAUUAUGAAACCAGAUGGAAAAAUUCUUAUUCAUUUGACUGAACUUGGUGCCGAUCUACCUUCAGAUCAGAUUAUUUCUUCUCUAGAGCGGAAGAUACUUGUUGCAGGAUUCUUGGAACCAGAAGUCAUCCCCCAACAAUUAGACGCGUUAUCAGGAGUUCAAUCUAUACAAGUUAAAGCCAAGAAGCCAUCUUGGAAAAUUGGAUCUUCUUUUUCUCUCAAAGCGUCAAAACGUUUACCAAAGGUUCAAAUUGAUGAUGAUGUGGAUCUUAUUGAUGAGGAUUCUCUGUUAACCGAGGAAGACUUAAAGAAACCACAAGUGCCUAUUGUUGGGGAUUGUGAAGUCGGAAGCACAAGGAAAGCCUGCAAGAAUUGUACGUGUGGAAGGGCUGAAGAAGAGCAGAAAGUUGAAAAACUUGGAUUAACGAUGGAACAGCUGGAUAAUCCUCAGUCUGCAUGUGGCAGUUGUGGACUGGGGGAUGCGUUUAGGUGCAGUACAUGCCCAUACAAAGGUCUUCCUCCAUUUAAACUAGGAGAAAAGGUUUUGUUGUCGGAUAAUUUUCUUGCAGCAGAUAUAUAGACCGGAGCAACAUAGAGUGCUGCUGCUUUUUUGUGAACGCCAUCCAUGCAUGCCUCCAUAGUGAGAAGAUCGCCAUCUACGUUUUAUGUAGAAUGUAAUUGGUUUUCCUGGAAGAACACAUUUUAUUUCCUUUAAAGUUCAUUUCAUACGUCAGAUUUCAGCUGGUUGAUCCUGUUAUGCAAUUUUGGCCUUUGAUAUAUGUUCUCUACCCCUUUUUGGGAGCUCGGACUUUUUGUCGUGGAAUGUAAGAAACGAAACAAGUGAUAGGACAUUUAUCGUAUGAGGUCUAUCCAAUGGCGUAUAAUAGAUUGAUAUGAAUUUAUUAUCUUUGUUCUCGGUUCCU